AGCCGCGGAGGAGGCAGCGAUGGGAGAGGAGCCGCGGAGGCGAGCCUUGGCCCGCGGGAGGAAGCGCCCUCAGCAGCAGCAGCCCCAGCCCCAGCAGCCCUUCCCCUGCCCUCCUUUGCCCUCCAGCAGCUGAGCCCCUUUUGAGUCACCCCUCUUUUCUCCUCCUUCUCUGCUGGAAGAAGAAUUAAAAUAAAGCCCCUCUUUCUUGCCAAACAAAGGAAGCAGAAGGGGCUGUUUUUAGUUACUAUUUCAUACCCAGAGAGAGAGGUUAGUGGCUGGCGGUCUCCGCAUCUCUUCCCCUGGUUUUGCUUUUGAUUCCUGGCUGUUUCCCUGCCUUGGGCUGGAGAGAUGCGUUCGGUCCGGAAAAGGUGGACUAUCUGCACCAUCAGCAUCCUCCUGAUUUUUUACAAGACAAAAGAGAUCGCCAGGACCGAGGAGCAGCAGCACCAGCAGCACCAGCAGCAGCAGCAGAGCCCCGGAGAUGGUGACUCAAGUUUGAGUAGGUCAAUGGUCAAUAGUUCCGAUAAAAUAAACCAAAAGAGUGGCUCGUCAGUGUUCCAGCAUUCUGUAGAAAGAUGGAAAAUCAAUUCUUCCUUGGUGCUAGAAAUAAGGAAGAACAUUCUUCGAUUCUUGGACGCAGAAAGAGACAUCUCAGUGGUCAAAAGCAGCUUCAAGCCAGGAGAUGUAAUUCACUAUGUGUUAGACAGACGUCGUACACUAAACAUUUCCCAGGAUUUACACAGCCUCCUUCCUGAAGUUUCACCAAUGAAGAAUCGUCGCUUUAAGACCUGUGCUGUUGUAGGCAAUUCUGGCAUCCUCUUGGAUAGUGGAUGUGGAAAAGAGAUUGACAACCAUGAGUUUGUUAUAAGGUGCAAUCUAGCUCCUGUGGUGGAGUUUGCUGCCGAUGUGGGAACUAAAUCAGAUUUUAUUACCAUGAACCCAUCAGUUGUACAAAGAGCAUUUGGAGGCUUUCGGAAUGAGAGUGACAGAGAAAAAUUUGUGCAUAGACUAUCCAUGCUGAAUGACAGUGUCCUUUGGAUCCCUGCUUUCAUGGUCAAAGGCGGAGAGAAGCAUGUGGAGUGGGUUAAUGCAUUAAUCCUUAAGAAUAAAUUGAAAGUGCGAACUGCCUAUCCAUCACUGAGACUUAUUCAUGCUGUCAGAGGGUACUGGCUGACCAACAAAGUUUUCAUCAAGCGACCCAGCACAGGACUCCUCAUGUACACACUUGCCACAAGGUUCUGCGAUGAAAUUCAUCUGUAUGGAUUCUGGCCAUUCCCAAAGGAUAUAAAUGGAAAAUCAGUCAAAUAUCAUUAUUAUGAUGACUUAAAAUAUCGAUACUUUUCUAAUGCCAGCCCUCACAGGAUGCCAUUAGAGUUUAAAACUUUAAGUAUGUUACAUAACAGAGGAGCACUUAAAUUGACCACGGGAAAAUGUGUUCAGCAAUAAAGCACAAGUUCAGUACAAAGAGAAAUAAAGGAAAUGGGCUUCAUGAUAAGAUUCUUUGGAAAAACAGGAGGAUCCAAGCUGUGGAUAUAUCCCAGUGCACUGUAACAAGCCAUUGGAGAACAAGGAAGUACAUCACAAGAGUUCCCAUUGCUGGCUAACGUUUUAUCUGUGAGUGCUAAAUCUCUGAGUGCAAUGGUUCGAGUAAGUGCCACUUUCACUGAAAACAAAGCUUGAAUGUAUAAAAUCAGUAGUGUUUACAAGAUCCAAUGAUGCAUUCAUCGCUUGUUUAAAGCAGCAAAUAGUUAAUUUACUGCUCAUUUGCCACCAGAAACAUCGGGCCACAUAGAAAGAAAAAUCCAGGUGUUGGGAUCUGUUUCUUAAGGAAAUGCAAGCCUCUGGCCAUAGAAAAAUUGAGGUGGAAUUGACAGAACAACAGAGAACACCACAAAGAUCCAGUAAAAUACCUUCAGUCAGGGGCAUGCCUGGCUUUGUAUUAUAACCUCCUUUCCUCUCUUUUCCUGUUUUUAAAAUUGUCAUUCAUUUUUCUAUGUUGUUUGAGUACUGAAAACCUUUUAAGGGAUUUUGAAAAGAACAUUGUGAACCUUUCAGAUAAUCAAGAAGUUGUCUUAGAAGAUCUUAUUUUUUAAAGAGAAGUCCAGAUGCAUUUUAAGAUCUACAUUGAAUGUUAUGGUUCAGCUUGGCAUAUGCAUUACUACUAAAACUGCCUCCAUGCCAUGACUUGCUGCUGCUGCAUUAAAUACGGCCAGGUUUUUCUUCUGCAGCCCCUGGAAAUGCUCUGUACCAGCAAUAGCCACUGCCAGGAAUAUGUACUGCUGGCACAGAUGAAGUGUAAAUAUUCACGCUAAAUAUAAAAGGUGGUGUGGGAAAACAUCAUCUAAUAGAGAGCAGUGUGGGGGUGUUUGUUUGUUUGUUUUUUUAACAGUAUAACCUAAACAGAUCAGGGCUUAGAAUCUCCCAUAUGCUUUAAAUCAACCUUGCCUUACCUGGCAUCCUCUGGCUGUGUUGGACUACAACUCCC